AUUGCUGGACUGACUGGUUUGACAGAGAUGACCCCACUGCAACAGGAGACUGGGAGUUGCUUUCUGAUCUGCGCAAUGAAAACAUAGGAAAGAUCUGCAAUUAUCCACUGAAGAUCGAGGUCCAAACCACAUCUGGACUCAGUGUAGCUCAAACAGGGGAUGUGAUUGCUGUAGCUGACACAGCCAUGGGAUUCAUCUGCAAAAACUCUGACCAGAAACAGGGGAAGUGUCACGAUUAUCGUGUCCGCUUCAUGUGUCCCACUGAAUUCUGCAGUCAUAAAGGUAGCCUAUGCUGGACAAAGUGGUUCAAUCGGGACAAACCUAGUGGAAUUGGGGACUGGGAGCUCCUGGACAACCUCAGGAAAGAGAAUCCAGGAGAGAUCUGUGAGACCCCUCUCUACAUAGAUGUUGUUACCAGUGACAAAAAAGUUCCAGCCACCUCCACUGGGCAGUCAAUCUUUAUGUAA